CGGCUUCCCAAGUUGUCUUCUUUGUCUUUAGUAUCUUCAAACCGUUUUCUCAUUUGUCAUUCAUUCACCCACUUCACUUCGCUUCUCGACUGGUUUUUUCUCUUUAAAGUUACAAGCUACAGCCCCAUCAAGAAAUCAAAACAAUGAGUCGUUUUUGGACUUUUCUCACUCAUGUUCAUGCAUUAUCUGGGCCGGUCCUGAUGUUGCUAUACCCUUUAUAUGCAUCUGUGAUGGCCAUAGAGAGCCCUUGCAAAUUGGAUGAUGAACAGUGGCUUGCUUAUUGGAUCCUAUAUUCAUUUCUAACUCUUACAGAGAUGGUCCUCCAGUCCAUCUUAGAAUGGAUUCCAAUUUGGUAUACGGUGAAACUAGUGUUGGUGGCAUGGCUGGUUCUGCCGCAGUUCAGGGGAGCAGCUUUCAUUUAUGAAAAAUAUGUGAGGGAAAAUUUAAAGAAAUACAGAGGGGGUAGAGAUCGUCAUCAUUCUCCCCACACUUCACCUAACGUUAGCAGUGGCAAGGGCAAGAACAAGUUUGUUCAAUUCAUAACCCCUAAGAAAGGAGAGCAUGAGGCUUAUUGAAGAGGGUGUAGACAAAGUGAAGAAGAGAACCCAGUUUACUUGCUAUGUGGAUAUUCUGCUCCAUGACUUGCUUUUGUCUUCGGUUUUAGACUUUUUCUGUUUGUUGGUUGUAAAUCUUUUCGGCUCUGAAUGUACAAGUUUCACCAGUUAAAAGGCAAACUAUCUGUGACCUGUUAUCUACUAAUUAAAUUUUAAUUUUAAGCUUUA